AAGGACCCAAAGUGGGUAUUAACCAAACUUGCGGGGUACUUAACUGCAAAAGCUGCAGUUAGUUGCUCAUCAAAAGCGGUGCCUUAUUCUUCCAUUCGUCAUAUUGCUCCCUUUACACGCCUCGGCGGUUCUCUCAAAUCUCAGUGUUCAACAUGGAUAUGACAAUGAAAGCGAGUCUGCUUGCCUUGUUUUUGCUGUUUCUUCUGUCACCUUCAGCAUUUUCAGCCUCUAAUGGUGGAUUGAUUAGAGUUGGACUUAAAAAGAGGAAGGUUGACCAACUUACCCAAAUCAAUGGACAUGGUGUCUCAAAGAAAGGAAAUGCUAUAAGAAACUUUGGCCUUGGAGGCCCUCUCACAGAUUCAAACACUGACAUUAUUGCAUUAAAGAACUACAUGGAUGCUCAGUAUUAUGGUGAGAUUGGUAUUGGAACUCCCUCACAAAAGUUCACUGUGAUCUUUGAUACUGGAAGUUCUAAUCUAUGGGUGCCUUCUUCAAAGUGCUAUUUUUCAGUAGCUUGCCUUUUUCACUCAAAGUACAAGGCGAGCCAUUCAAGCACCUACAAGAAAAAUGGGACAUCUGCUGCUAUUCAGUAUGGAACUGGAGCUAUCUCUGGUAUCUUUAGCCAAGACUCUGUCCAACUUGGUGAUCUUGUUGUUAAAGAACAGGAUUUUAUAGAGGCAACAAAAGAGCCUGGGAUCACUUUCUUAGCAGCCAAGUUUGAUGGUAUUCUUGGCCUUGGAUUUCAAGAAAUCUCUGUUGGAAAUGCUGUUCCUGUCUGGUACAACAUGGUAAAUCAAGGUCUUGUUCCAGAACCCGUAUUUUCUUUUUGGUUUAAUCGCAAUGCUGACGAGGAUGAAGGGGGUGAACUUGUGUUUGGUGGGGCCGAUCCUAAUCAUUUUAAGGGCAAACACACAUAUGUACCCGUGACUCAAAAGGGUUAUUGGCAGUUUGAUAUGGGUGAUGUCCUUAUUGGAGAUACAACUACUGGAUUUUGCAGUGAUGGUUGUGCAGCAAUUGCAGAUUCUGGAACCUCUUUGUUGGCAGGUCCAACGACUAUUAUUACUCAAAUCAAUCAUGCAAUUGGUGCUGCUGGAGUAAUGAGUCAGCAAUGCAAGACAUUGGUUAAUCAAUAUGGAAAGACUAUAAUCGAGAUGCUCUUAUCUGAGGCACAACCCGAUAAAAUCUGUUCUCAAAUGAACUUAUGUACUUUUAAUGGUGCCCGAGAUGUUAGUUCAAUAAUUGAGAGUGUGGUUGACAAGAAUAAUGGUGGUGUUGGUGUACAUGAUGAGAUGUGUACUUUCUGUGAGAUGGCAGUUGUUUGGGUGCAAACUCAAAUAAAAAAGAAUCAAACUGAAGAUAACAUACUUAACUAUGUCAACGAGCUUUGUGAUAAGCUGCCCAGUCCAAUGGGAGAAUCUGCAGUUGAGUGCAGCAGUCUUUCCUCCAUGCCCAAUAUCGCGUUUACUAUUGGUGAUAAAAUUUUUGAGCUUUCCCCAGAACAGUAUGUUCUGAAAAUUGGUGAGGGAGAAGUAGCACAAUGCAUCAGUGGAUUUACUGCUAUGGAUGUGGCCCCACCUCGUGGACCGCUUUGGAUUUUGGGAGAUGUUUUUAUGGGUCAAUACCAUACGGUGUUUGAUUAUGGGCGCUUACGUGUUGGAUUUGCUGAAGCAGCUUGAGGGAGGGAAACACUUUUCUGACUGUAAAUAUUCUCUGAAAAAAAAAUGUUUAAAUAAAGUCUUUUUCUGUCGUGUUUUUACUUCCGUAAAUUUCGUUGUUGGAUUGUUAAAAACGUGAGGUGGUACGUGUUAGGAACUGAUGUUUGUUUGUUUACCAGUUAUCGUUAUGUUAUAUGGUUGUUUUUGUUUUUA